CCAAGUUGGCAGCGCGGUUGUGAAAUUUGUAAGAUAUAAACAAAACGUAAACUUGGGAAAAUGUUUGCGAACCGUUUGCUCGCACGUGUAAGUCGCAAACAAGCAUGUUUGGCUUUGGUUAGUAGGCGUCCAAUGUCCCAAAGUGAAUUAAAGAUGUCCAGGACACAAACAACACUAACAAAUGCGGUUCGAUUAGAGCUGACCGGUCCAAACCGGCGACGAUUCAGCAGCCAAAUUGAGGCGGAUUGUAGCUUAGAUAGUGCCACCUACGAGCGAGUCUGCUCCGACACGCUUGAUGCACUUAGCGACUACUUUGAGGAGCUGACGGAGAAUGCCACGGAGCUCCAAGGCACCGAUGUGGCCUACGGCGACGGUGUGCUCACCGUGAAUCUGGGACAAAAGCACGGCACCUAUGUGAUCAACCGACAGACACCCAACAAGCAAAUCUGGCUCAGUUCACCCACCAGCGGUCCCAAGAGAUUCGAUUUCGUCGGCACUGUGGAGGCGGGAAGGUGGAUAUACAAGCACAGUGGUCAGUCGCUGCACGAACUGCUGCAGGAGGAGAUACCCGGCAUUCUGACAACACAGUCCGUGGACUUCUCGCACCUGCCCUACUUUAGUUGAACCUGAAUUAGCUCAAUUUCCAUCAUAAAAAGUCUGUUAAAGUG